GAGAGAGAGAGAGAGAGAGAGAGAGAGAGGAAGUAAGGUUGACCUGACUGUUGGUUUACUGCACGCGAACAGUAGCGUUUAUUAUAAGUCACACGAACUCUUUUGCUUCGACUGAACUGCGUAUAUUUUCAGUAAUUACACACUUUAAUAUCUGAAGUUGUGCAUCAGACUGAUCUGAGCUCGCAGCAUAUGUGUGGAUGUUUUUAAGUUGUUUGCUUGUGUUGUGAAUAAAGCAGAAUGAGUGAAGAGAAACUUGAGGUCGAGCUCUUUGUUAAGGCAGGAAGUGAUGGUCAGAGUAUUGGAAACUGUCCGUUCUCUCAGCGCCUCUUCAUGGUCCUGUGGCUUAAAGGAGUCACGUUUAAUGUCACCACCGUUGAUAUGAAGAGGAAGCCAGAUAUUCUGAAAGAUUUGGCUCCAGGCGCUCAGCCUCCGUUCCUGCUGUACGGCACUGAGGUGAAGACGGACACCAACAAGAUUGAAGAGUUCCUGGAGGAAACCCUCAGCCCUCCAAAAUAUCCACGGCUGGCAGCACGUAACCCUGAAUCCAACACUGCAGGUCUGGAUGUCUUCUCAAAGUUCUCGGCCUACAUCAAGAACUCAAACCCUCAAAUGAAUGACAAUUUGGAGAAGGGUUUGCUGAAGGCUCUGAAGAAGUUGGACGAUUACCUGAGCUCUCCUCUCCCGGAUGAGAUCGAUGAGAACAGCGCUGAUGAUGUCACUUCCUCCACUCGCCCCUUCCUGGACGGUCAGGAGCUCACGCUGGCCGACUGCAACCUGCUGCCCAAACUACACAUCGUCAAAGUGGUGUGUCAGAAGUUCAGGGGUUUCUCCAUCCCUCGCUCUCUGACGGCUCUGUGGCGAUUGGAUGCAGCGUAUGCACGAGAAGAGUUCUCCUCCACCUGCCCCACUGAUGAGGAGAUACACAUAGCUUACUCAUCUGUUGUGAAGGCUCUUAAGUAGAAGAACACACACACAUACACACACACACAAACUAUCUCUCCUCAUUGUCCCCUGUUUGUUUCAAGCAGUUGCUUGCAUUUCUCCAGCACAUGAGCGAGGUCCUGACUGACGUCUUUAUCUUAGAGCAAAUAUGUACUUUCAUAGUUUUUAUAUAUAGCGUGAAGUGUCUUUAUAUCAAUUCUUAACCCGUUGUUUUUAAAAGACACAAACAAACACAUACAGCUGUCCACGUCAAUCAAAACAAACAGACAUUAUUUAAAGUAGUUUUAAUAUUUUAUUCAUUAUAAACCCAUGGAUUGAUCAGUUUAGUUCACCCACACUGCUCAGAUGUGUGUGAAAUUAACCAGAGCAACGUUACCACUGAAACUACGAAAUGCCCCAGAUUUGAAUGAUAAUGGGCAAAAUGGCCUUGCGUUUGUAUACAAUAUGUAAUAUUUGCAAACCCUCUUCAACGCCAAAAUUAUUCCGUCCAUUUUAAAAUGUAUUUAAGUAGUCUAGGUAUUUGACAAUGGCAAGCUGUUUUUAUUUUUUUAUUUUAAAAAGUAUUGCCCGUUAUCAUAGUAAAGGUUAAAGCUGGUUAGCGCUUACAGUUAACAGCACAUAACUCUUUUAUUCCUCUUUUUAUUCGUGAUUCUGUGAUAUUUAGGGCUGGUUUCAUGGACAGGGCUUAUCCUAGUCCCAGACUAAAAUGCAUGCUUGAGCUGCCUUUAUUUAAAAUCUUCAGAUAUCACAGUGCCAUUGUUUUGUCUCAAGAUUUACACAACUGUUGUUUUCUGUAAGGUAUGUUUGUAAGAACUACUUAAAUGUCCCAAACUAAGGCCUAGUCUUGGAUUAAUCUAAACCCUGCGCCGUAAUCCACCUGAAUGACAGCUCUUAACUCAAUGCUAGACUGUUGCGUAAGCUGCUCUUUUUCAUACAACAAACAGCAUAAAAGUAGUUCAUAUAUUUUCUAUAUUUUAAGUCUAAAGUUGAAUGAAGCCUUAUUUGAGGAACAGAACCAAGUUAAGCACUGAAAAUCAUUUGAAUCGUGUAUCCAGACAUCCAGUGUUACCUGUAUUAUUAUUUGUGUGAGAAGAUGAUGUUUGAAAUAAUAUAUUGUGUUCACAUGAGAAUGUAAGAAGAAGUAGAAAAAUCUUGUGCACACAUGGGUUUGUGAAUUAUUAUUUAUACAUUUAACACAAGAAAAUCUAGAAGAAAUCAUUUCAGAGUGACUUAAAGGAAAAUCUAAAGAUCAGUCAGGAUUUAACCUACUGUCUUAUAAGAAAUAAGGGUCAGUAACAAAGAUAAAAACUAUUUUGUUGUCUGUUUCCAAGAUGAAGAAAUUUUUUAAUGUUUCUGGAUUGUAUUUAGAUUGUUAUUUAACAUUUGACAAUGUGUAUUUUGCAUAUCUGUGGUUUAAAGCAUUUCAAAACAUUGACAUAUCUUCUACUAAUCCAAGUGUUUUAAAUUUGAUAUAAAAUAUAAGGGAUAUAUAAUGAUGGGUGAUUCACACAGAUUAAUAAUGUGGUUUACAUGCAUGAUUUUGUUAUGAUGUGACAUUUUAUCCCCACGUGCCAUUCAUUUCUGCUUAAAUAAUAAAUGUAUUAAUCUGAACUAACAGUAAAUAGAAGCCCAACACAACAGUGCAAACAAUUAGUGGGAUUUUUAUUAUGUAGAUGAAUGUUUGUCAAUCAAAUGUACAAGAUCUUUUCAUCUUUUGAAUUUCAUACAUUUGUUACCUGGCAAUAAAUGAACCGUAAUAAAGAAUGAAGGAGAAAGAUUGAGUAAA